AUGAACCCUCACGCGUCAAAAUCACCGACGAAUUUUAAACGCGAAAAUGUAUACGAACUGUCUGGAGACUUACUGGAUCCUCAAGAAUUGAAAAGUCUGGGGGUGAGCGGAUGCAUCACUUAUGUGUUGCGACAUUUACCGUUCAAAUCGACGAUUCAUGAAAAAACCCGUGAGUGGGAAUUCACAAGUCGUCGAGGGGCCGCGACGAUGUAUUCUAGCAUGAAUUGGCUUGCAAACUCUACAUACUGGAAAACCAAGCUUGUGGGAUGGACGGGUGCGAUUCCGAUAAUACCCGAUGACUCAAGUAAAGAGAGUGGAGAGUCUGUAACAGAAAUUACGAAAAAAGAUGUAAAAAAUUUUGAAAUUGCAUACAAAGAAUGGAACUCUGACAAGCGUACAGAGUAUAUCCCAGUCUGGCUUACUAGUUGUCCGCACAAGGAAAAACAUGAUGAAGAGGUUAUCCUUUGUGAGGAUCGCUCUUCUCAAUCUCGCUGGCUUGCUUAUGCUGAAAAUGUCAUCCGUCCCUUAAUUCAUUAUAAAUAUUGGCCCAGCACAGAAGUGGACGAAAACGAAGAGCGCUGGUGGAACGACUAUGUUACCAUGAAUGAAGUGUUUGCAGAGAAAAUAUGUGAGUCAUAUACACCUGGAGAUUUGAUCUUUGUACAGGAUUACUCUCUUUUUCUUGUUCCCAAGUUGGUGCGCGAAAAGAUCCCUGACGCUGUCAUUGCCUUUUAUCAUCAUCAUCCCUUCCCAAGUUCUGAAAUUGCGAGAUGCUUCCCUAGACGGAAUGCUAUCCUUCAUGCUUUGCUGGAAUGCGAUUUUGUUGGAUUCGAAGAUUAUUCUUAUGCUCGUCAUUUUAUCAGCUGCUGUACUCGUGUUUUAGGAUUUGAAAGUGGUCAUGAUUGGGUUUCCUAUAAUUCCAAGCGUGUCAUCGUCCGUCCCCUUACUGUAGGAAUUGACGUCCCACGAGUUAUUCGAUCAAGUGGCAGUGCUGCUGUCUCUACAAAAAUCGAUGAGCUCUCGUCCAAGUAUGCGGGUAUGAAAGUUAUUCUUGGUCGUGACCGUUUAGACGAAAUUUUUGGUGUUCCUCAAAAAAUCAUUUCUUUUCAACGCUUAUUAAGACAAUAUCCAGAGUGGCGUGGCAAAGUUGUUUUAAUUCAAAUUACGAUUUCCUCGGCGUUCCGUCACCCAAAGCUUUCUUCUCAUAUUCAUAGACUCAUUGAUCAAACAAACUCUCUCUACGGUUCUGAAAAUUAUAAGCCGAUUAUUUAUUAUCAAGAUCAAAUAGACGCUAUUGAUUAUUUCGCUCUUCUUGCAUUCGCAGAUUCCCUCUUUAUUAACAGCAUCCGUGAAGGUAUCAGCAACAUUGCAUUGGAGUAUGUCGUCUGUCAAAGGGAUCGCUGGGGCGUAGUUAUGUUGUCAGAGUUUACGGGUACUUCUGCUAUGUUGCACGACGUUCCUUUAAUUAACCCUUGGGAUCACAACGAGACUGCGGAUAUCAUUGAUCAAGUCUUAAGUAUGUCCCUUGAGAAGAGAAAAAGUAUCCAGCAUGAAUCUUACAAGCAAGUCACGACUUAUACCAUGCAGUCCUGGACAUCUUCGUUAAUCCGUACUUUGGCAAAUAAAUUAGCUGCUUCAAAGUCUGGUGACCUGACACCAGUAUUGGAUUAUGGUCACGCUACUUCGUUAUACAAAGAAGCUUCUCGUCGUUUGUUCAUGUUAGAUUACGACGGAACUUUGACUCCGAUCGUUCGAGAUCCGAAUGCGGCCGUACCAUCUGAAAAGUUAUUAGAUUCUCUUAGAAAACUUUCCGCCGACGAACGAAACGAGGUAUGGAUUAUUUCUGGUCGUGAUCAAAAGUUCCUGCGGCAGUAUAUGAACGACAUUAAUGGUCUUGGUCUUUCUGCUGAGCAUGGCAGUUUUGUUCGUCAGCCUCACAGCGAUAAAUGGACAAAUUUGGCAGAAUUGCUUGACCUGUCUUGGAAGAAAGACGUCAAACAGAUUUUUCAAUAUUUCACUGAUCGUACCCAAGGUUCCUCUAUUGAAGAGAAGCGUUGUGGUAUGACUUGGCAUUAUCGCAAAGCUGAUCCUGAGAAUGGUUCAUUUCAAGCAAUUGAAUGUGAAACAUUAAUUGAGGAGAUGGUUUGCUCCAGGUUUGAUGUUGAGAUUAUGAGAGGCAAAGCAAAUAUUGAAGUACGACCUUCUAGUAUUAAUAAAGGUGGUAUUGUUAAGCAGAUUUUGUCUUCUAAAUCUGAUGAAUCCACUCCAUCUUUUAUUUUUUGCGCGGGCGAUGAUAGAACAGAUGAGGAUAUGUUUCGUUCUUUAAAUAAAAAAUCCAAUCGUAUAAAUAAGAAUUCAUCAUUUGCUGUUACUGUCGGUUCUCCGCACAAGCUUACAGUUGCGGAUUGGUGUAUUCCUGAAGCUGAAAAUGUUGUCGAUUUUCUUGCUGACCUUGCUGACCUUACUGAUGCAACUGAGCUUGCUAAACUUGCUGCCGCUACUUAA